AUGGCUACCAUUGAGCUUAAGACCCUGUCUAACGGCAAGUACCAACAGCCAACUAGACUCUUCAUUAACAAUGAGUUCAUCGAGGGCGUAGAUAAGAAGUCCUUCAAGGUCAUUAACCCCGCCACCGAGAAGGUCAUCUGCUCUGUCGCUAAGGCCACCGAGAAGGAUGUCGACGUCGCUGUUGCCGCCGCUAGGAAGGCCUUUAAGGGCGAGUGGAGGAAGGUUACACCCGAGGCCCGUGGCAAGCUGCUCGUUAAGCUGUCCGAGCUAAUGGAGGCAAACCUCGACCAGCUGGCUGCCAUCGAGUCGCUCGACAACGGAAAGGCCAUCUCCAUGGCUAAGGGUGAUGUGGCCGCUAUGGUUAGCUGCUUAAGGUACUACAGCAGCUGGUCCGACAAGAUCGAGGGCAAGACCAUCGACACCUUCACAUACACACUCUAGGAGCUAAUCAGUGUCUAUGGACAAAUCAUCCUAUAGAACUUCCCACUUCUCAUGUAGUCGUGGAAGAUUGGCCUAGCUAUUGCCACUAAUAUUGUGCGUCCCUCCGUCGUGAAUGAAACACAUCCAUUUAUUGGGGGUGGCUUAUUCGAGGCACACAGCUAUUCUAAACAGUAGGUCAGGUCGCUGCUGGAUUAGCUCGACUUUUCACUUGACGUAUAACUCUACAGGGUCUUUAAGACUCCGUACCACACGACACUGCAAUAUUGGUAGGCUCUUCUGUUCACCCUACCUAUUAGCCGGGGCUUGUUGAUGACCUGCUCAUCUCUGAUCAACUAACGACGGACUGGAGUCUGCUAGGUAAAUGGUCAGUCCGAUAUAUCAAUGAUCAAAGGCAAUUGAUACCAUGUUAUGGGAAUCAAAUCAUCGUGGUGGUUUGGUGUAUUUAUGAAGCUAUAGAAUAUAGUUAUCUACAUGGUCCUGUGUCUCCGUGGCUCCUUCGCACAGCAGACACUAACCUAAUCACUAACAUGCGCCCUCUUUGGUUCUUCUCGAGCAGUUAGAAUCGAGUUUCUUUAUUGUUUUCCGAUCAUCACUAUUACGGGCCCACUAUGCUAUAUACACGAACAAAACUCUGCAAUAUUUAGAGCAAUUCCUAAAGAAAUAUCCAACCGGCGGCCGUUAUUAGACUUAAAUCAGAACUUGUUCUGGUUUGCGUUCCCCAUCAACAUAGUGGAAUCUGGCUUGUAUUUAUUUGAGAGCAGACGAACAUGAUACUCAACAUCGAGAACAGCUCCC